AUGGCUAGACGAGGUCAGCCUCUCACAGCCUCGAAUCAACUACCCCUCCCACCACAGGUCUUCUACCAUAAAGGUGCGGACAUUCGCGUGCCGAUACGUAGUUCUCAUGAGGAGUGCAAUCCUGUGGUUAUGCUGCGGGUUGAAGUAGAGAGAUGGACCCUCGUUCAGUUUUAUGCUACUUCUCUGGAGGGACCGGAAGAAUCGCAAUUUGAUGAAAACUACCUUAUUGAAUUCAAUGUGAUCGGCGAAUUUGAUAAGAUCAACUAUCUUUCCGUACCGGGGAAAGGAAUUACAGCUCCUAUCGAAGUCAUUACCAGCGAGAUCUCGAUGAACCACCCCGAUGAAAAGGUCAAGACGAUAGCGAGACUGAUAAAAAAAGAGCGCCGGUAA